ACGUCCUCGUUACUCAUUGGUCCGGAAGUUAACUCCUUUACGGCAGCGCGCCGCCCCUUCCUCUCGCGUCGAGUAAAGAAACAUGGAGACAGCUGGAAAAGUCAUUAAGUGCAAGGCAGCUGUUGCCUGGGAAGCUGGGAAGCCUCUUUCCAUUGAGGAGGUGGAGGUAGCUCCACCCAAAGCCCAUGAAGUUCGCAUCAAGCUCUUCGCCACAGGCGUGUGUCACACAGAUGCCUACACCCUGAGUGGCAGUGACCCCGAGGGACUUUUCCCCGUCAUCUUGGGCCACGAGGGUGCUGGAACCGUUGAGAGCGUGGGUGAGGGCGUCACCAAAUUCAAAACGGGUGAUACCGUUGUCCCGUUGUAUGUGCCACAGUGUGGUGAAUGCAAGUUCUGCAAGAAUCCCAAGACCAACCUGUGCCAGAAAAUUAGAGUAACACAGGGCCGGGGCCUGCUCCCUGACAACACCUCCCGCUUCACUUGCAAGGGAAAGCAAGUGUUUCACUUCAUGGGGACCAGCACCUUCUCGGAGUACACCGUGGUGGCCGACAUCUCUCUGGCCAAGGUGAACGAGAAGGCUCCACUGGAUAAAGUGUGCCUGCUUGGAUGUGGCAUUUCUACCGGCUACGGCGCUGCUCUGAACACUGCCAAGGUUGAGCCUGGUUCCACAUGCGCGAUAUUUGGCCUUGGAGCUGUCGGCUUGGCUGUUAUCAUGGGCUGCAAGGUUGCCGGGGCAACCAGGAUUAUUGGUGUGGACAUCAACGCUGAAAAGUUUGAGAAGGCGAAGGAGUUUGGAGCCACUGAGUUCGUGAACCCAAAGGACCACAGCAAGCCCAUCCAGGAGGUUCUGGUGGAGAUGACAGACGGGGGCGUGGACUAUUCUUUUGAGUGCAUCGGAAAUGUGCAAAUCAUGAGAGCUGCUCUGGAGGCUUGCCAUAAAGGAUGGGGCGAGAGCAUCAUCAUCGGCGUAGCCGGAGCCGGACAGGAGAUCUCCACGAGACCUUUCCAGCUGGUGACGGGCCGAGUGUGGAAGGGCACAGCCUUCGGAGGGUGGAAGAGUGUGGAGAGCGUUCCUAAACUGGUGGAGGACUACAUGAACAAGAAGCUGAAGGUGGAUGAGUUUGUGACCCACACCCUGCCCUUUGACCAGAUCAAUGAGGGCUUUGACCUCAUGCAUGCUGGAAAGAGUAUCCGCACAGUGCUGACCUUCUGAAGUUCCUAGAGCCUUGACCUUCACAUCCGGCCUUUUAACAAUCUCCUUCCAUAGUUGAAGCACUUGAUAUAUUUCUCUGCACUGGUUGGCAUGUGGCUGCUGCUCUCAGUCGACAACGAGUCUCUUUCAGCCCACUUUCCUCACUUCAUAGCAUGAAAACAGCAUUUAAUUACAUAAAAGUGUACGGUUCCACAUUUGUGCCUCAUCCCGAUGAAUUGUUAUGAAUAUGUUACAAAAUGCACUAUAAAAGAAUACCACAUAUUCCACUUAAACUGUUUAGAAUAAAUCCCUUAAAUGAGGACUAACUUGUACUUUAAUUCACAUCACAGUCUGAGAAAGCAUUCCACGGCCUGAUGGGAUCACAAGCCGCAUCCGGAGUAAAAGCUUGUUGUAAUCACA